GUCUCAUCGGAAAGUUUUUGUUUGGAAAGGGGAAAAACAAGAGAAAAUGUAAACACGGGGUGUUUGUGACCUCUACACUGAACAGGAGUUAGAAUUACAAACGUUACACCUACGGGACGCCGAUAUGGCUUCAGAACCGAACGGACACUGCGACGAAGCAAAACAAAGCAUGGUGUCUUUGUCCAACGGUAUAAGCGCAGUUGAUGACAUGGAUAUUGAUAAGUCCGACUCUGACCUAGAACUGAUGUGCAGUGACCUUGAUGUACCUGACAACAUACAAAAGCAGGCCUACAACAUUCUCUAUCUGCUCAAGAGCCAAGAAGAUAUUUUGAAGAUCCCCAAAAUGGAGAUGUUGGCCUGUGCUGUUUACAUAGCUGUGGUAGAUGCCAGGAUGCCGUAUGGACCUUUCGACCCACAGUUGCAGUGUGGGUUCCUGGAACAGCCUGCAGUCACUGUCACUGACAUUCUGGUCAAGGCUCAAGUUAGGGUGCAGACCCUUUUCAGAAAAAUGCACCAGAUUCGAGAUGUGAUCAGCCUUAGUGAAGCGGUGAAGUAUCAUCUGAAAUUUCUGGAGAAAAAGUACUGCAUAGUGUCAGCACUAGCUCAUAGAUUUAACAGACUUUGUGAAAAUGUAUUUAAUGAGGACCAAAGAGAGGACACCACUGCCAUUCCUAUCCCCCUGCGAGAGGGUGUUGAAGUCCGAAAACGUCUCUGCUGGACUCUCUUUAUUCAUGCUAAAAGUACUUUGUUGACGGAGGAGCAGAUUGUUGAUGCCUUUUAUAUACUGGUGUGUUGCCUCGAGUAUAUCCUCCGUACAGUUCCUGCUUUCCAGUUACGUCCCCCAUUUGAUGCAGUGGUAAUGAACUACAUAGACAAUUCCAAGAUACACGGGGCUGGUAACAUGCUGCAGAAACUAGCCGAGGAAUUAAAACUGUGUUAUGAAGAGGUGCAAUCAGUACAGGUGAACAGAACAGAACCGUUCAUACAAAGUCUUCCCCAUACAGAUGGUGAAUUAGAUUUAAAGAAACUUACAGAAUCGUACCACAAAUUGUAUCACCAGGAGGGAGACAUUAAUGAGCUACGUUUCCUAGACAACGACCCACAUCUAGUAGCUUUAGAACAGAACAGUGAAAAGUCAUCACCUUCCAAAGAAAACCAUGUGGAUCCCCCUAUGACCCCAAUCAGGGCAGCUUUAAAUACUGUUCAGCAGCUGAAGAACAUUCUCAGUUCAGCACAGGACGAACCAAGUGCCAACUUACAGGAAUUUUAUGAGAAAUGCUCAGGACAAAAUCCAGCCAAAGAUAUUGCAGAUCGUGUGGUACAGAUGAAGGAUGUUUUUCUAAAACGCUUUGUGAGCCUGACCAACACAAACCAGCAGACGGUAGCAGAACAGAGAUUUACCCUGGCUCAGAGCCUGUAUUACAGAGUACUUGAGGCUAUGUUACAGACGGAGAAAGAGAGGCUUUCCAAAACUGACUUUAGUACUCUACUGAACAUUGAGACUCUCCACAAAUCCCUUGUUGCCUGUUCCGUGGAAAUUGUCCUCAUGACUUACGAUGUGUCAUGGAAUCCUGUCAUAAAAGCAAUCGGUGCUGGAGAUUCCAAGUUUGCGUUUCCAUGGAUUCUCGAGGUCUUUGAAAUCCAUCCGUAUGACUUCUACAAAGUUUUGGAUAGUUUCGUUAAAGCGGAGCCGAUACUUACAAAGGAAAUUGUGAAGCACCUCCAGUCUGUUGAGAUAAAGAUUUUGGAAAGCUUGGCGUGGGAAGAGGGUUCACCGCUGUUUGAUCUACUGUAUGACAGCAUCCCUGCCUCUCCCCCUGAUAAUGCUGGCCAUGAGAUAACACCGUCCAGUGCUGAUCUCUACCUAUCUCCAAUGCGCCCUCCACUGAAGACAAGAGGAGUCACUUGUACUGGGACCGUGCUCAGAACGGCCCCCACAGCCCCCACCACACAAGGCAGUCCCGAAAAACCCAGACGCUCGCAGUCCCUACAAAUCUUCCUCAACAAAGUUUCCCGUCUCGGCUUCCACAGACUCCAGCAGUUGUGUAACUUACUAAAUGUACCCAGAGAUCUGCAACAUAAAAUCUGGACAUGCUUUGAAUACUGUAUAACAAGGAAGCCCGAUCUUCUCAAGAAUAGACACCUAGAUCAGAUCAUGCUCUGUUCCUUAUAUGGCAUCUGUAAAGUUGUGGAACAAGAAAUCAAGUUCAAGUCCAUAGUACAGACAUACAAGGAUCUACCUCACUCUCAGCAGCAUGUUUACAAAAGUGCUUUGAUAGAAGGCGACAAAUCAGAUUCUAUCAUCGGUUUCUACAACAAAGUAUUUAUGUACAACAUGAAGUCUUUCAUCCUUCAGUUUGUUUCAAGACAAGCAGUACCCCAAUUGUCACCUGCCGUAGGAUCAUCUCCACUAAACUCACCAGUCUACGUUGUCCCUAGCAGACGUAAUUUCUAUGUUUCUCCGCUUCGAGACUCGCCAUUUAAACCACCCCCCUCACCCAGUCAACUGACGCCAAGGAGCAGACAGCUGUACAACUUUGGUGAAAGAAUUGGGUCUUCAGAAAAGUUACAGAGAAUAAACCAGACGAUGGUGAGAGCUCGCAGUGGUAGUGUGACACCUCGUAGCCAGAAGUGUCUUGUGUUUGAUCAGGUAGAUGAACCAGACGCACAAAGCAUGGCCAAUGCAUUACCAGACGAUUGUGCUGUGAUAAAGAAAAAGAAAGUGUCAAUACAAGGAGGGGAGAUUGCAACCGUGAAACAUGAACCAAAAUAUAUAAGGGAACAUAAAAAAAUUCAGAACCAAGAUGGUGGAGCUUCCAGAUAACCUUAUCUGCCUUAGGAAGAAUGUUGUCAACUGGAAGCCUGAACAUGGAAUAAAACUUAUUAUUAUGGACUGUUAUUAACAAAAUUCAGUAUUAGACAUUAGAGCUGUGAGAAUGGGAUCUACAGUUUGUCUGAAUGUUGGGAAGAACUUCAGAUUUCGCAAGAUAGCAAAACCUGGUGGAAUACCUGAACCUGAGUUUGAACGAAAUUCUGUGAAUAUGGCAGUGUACAUGAAUGUUUGAAUCGUAUGAAUCAUUGAUGUCUAUUGUGUACCUGGACCAUUUGUUAGUAUUACUCUGGUUAUCACUGAUCAAUUUCCAACAAAGGGAUGCUAAUGUUUUAUUUGAGGCAAACAGCAUACUUGAUUUUAAUUGUUUUGAUUCCACAAACAAUUAUUGGUUUGAUGGGUUUAUGUUUUGCAUAUAAUUAAUGAUUCCAACAAAUUUGAAAUACAAGAGUGGUACUGUUACAUCAUUGUUAGGUUGUUUUAUAUGAUACUGUAGAAUCUAGUAAAGUUGAUGCUGCCUGGGCAUAUAAUGGAAACAUUUUUUUGUUGAAAGUUAAAUUUUUUUUGAGGUUUUAUGCCAAUUUUCUGUUUUUAAACCCCAAAUUUAAUGGAAGAAAAAUUGUAGUAAUUGAAUUAGAUAUACAAUACGAUUGGCUGCAAUCUACCAUUGAUGAUUGGCUACAAUCUACCAUUGAUGAUUGGCUGCAAUCUACCAUUGAUGAUUGGCUACAAUCUACCAUUGAUGAUUGGCUACAAUCUACCAUUGAUGUUUGGCUACAAUCUACCAUUGAUGAUUGAAGAUUUAAGAUGGCCACCAGUGAUUCAUGUUUUGAAUUAAGACUUGGCAGUUAUAUUCUUACUGUAUAACACUUGAUGUUAAUAGCUGUGAGACCAAGUUUGAUGUUUAGUAGAAGCUGUUAAUGUCUGAUUGGUUGAUGUAAACAUUACUACUGCAUUCUCGUUGGUUAGUGUAAACAUUACUGUGAUCUGUUUUGUGGAAGUCUUACUGCAUUCUGGUCGGUUAAUGAAAUAAUUGUUGUGAUCUGAUUGGUUGAUGUAACUAUUGGAUUCAUAUAUAUAUAGGAUUGGUUUAUUAUAUUGCUGCUGUGAUCUGAUUGUUUGGUAUAAGCACUGCUAUGACCUGAUAGGUUAGUGGUGUUCGCUUAACAUGAUCUGAUUGGUUGGCGUAGGCUUAACCUGAUCUGAUUGGUUAGUGUAGGCUUAACAUGAUCUGAUUGGUUGGUGUAGGCUUGACAUAAUCUGAUUGGUUGGUGUAGGCUUAACAUGAUCUGAUUGGUUGGUGUAGGCUUAAUAUGAUCUGAUUGGUUGGUGUUCGUUUAACAUGAUCUGAUUGGUUGGUGUAGGCUUAACAUGAUCUGAUUGGUUGUUGUAGGCUUAACAUGAUCUGAUUGGUUGGUGUAGGCUUAACAUGAUCUGAUUGGUCGGUGUAGGCUUAACAUGAUCUGAUUGGUUGGUGUAGGCUUAACGCGAUGUGAUUGGUUGUUGUAGGCUUAUCGUGAUCUGAUUGGUUGGUGUAGGCUUCUGAUCUGACUGAUUGGUGUAGGCUUAACAUGAUCUGAUUGAUUACAAUUUGAUUUGUUGGUGUAACCAUUACUGAGAUCUGAUUGGUUGGUAUUAUUACUGUUACAACCUGAUAGGUUGAUGUGUGCAAUACUGCAAUCAUAUUGUUGGUGUAAGCUUAUUUUCAGAGAGUUAAAUAUCUUUUAGUCCACUUCAGAAAACAAUUAUCCAAAUCAUUGAAGUGAAAUUAAAUGAAGUAUUUAGUCCUCUUUGUAAUUCUUCAAUCUUUAUCAAUGUAUCGUUAACAAUUUACUUUUCAAAAAACAAAGAACAUCACUAAUCUGUAUGUUUCAAGAUUAAACCUGCAAACUAAGUAAGUCAUUUUCAUGAUUCAGAAAAAAAGGGAGGUAGCCUUAUAGGUUUGUAAUGGUAUAGAAAUUAAUUUACGCUAACACCAGAAGCCUCAAAUUAAUGUUUCUAUAUCCAGCUUUCUGUCUACAUUGUCCAUAAAUCACUUUAUCAAAUAUGUGAUUAUUUCAGAUGAAACUUGGUAAUCGUGUACACUGCAUACACUCUCACACCGGGUGUAGCGCAGAGCAAAAUCUAUAAUCAAUUAAUAUUAUGCUCUGAUUGGUUAAGGAUUUCAUUUUCACAAAUUAGUUUAUUAAUGAAUUAGGACUAGAUUUGAAUCAUGAAUAUGUAUGCUGUUCGUAGUUUUAAGUUUAAAAUUAAGUUUAAUCUUGUUACCCUUGUUUAGACUUAAGCUGCUGUAAAGAUGUGAUUUUGACAUUUGAUUCAUGAUUGACUUCAUUUAUAUUUAAAUCAUAAGUUGUUAAUGUCAGUUACAUUGAUCACUGAUGUACAAACAUGUGUAUUGACAAUGAGUUAUCAAUUUUAUAAAAAAAAUGUUGGUCAUUAAUAGUGAAUUCAUUUUGUCACAAAUUUAUAUUUGAUUAUUGACAGUGAGAUUGAAUAUUGAUGCAGUUUGAUUGAUUGUGCAAUUUUAAUGACUUAUUGUAUUCAGGAACCAGAACAUUCCUCCAAUUAAGGGAAAUCCUUAACUCUCAGUUUUCCAUAGUAAAGCAUAAACUUCAGGGAAUUCCUUUACUCUCAGUUUACCAUAGUAAAGCAUAAACUUCUGGUAAUUCCUUUACUUUCCAUUUUCCAUUGGAAAGCAUAAACUCGAAGGAAUACCUGUAGAGACGGAUCAUGAUAGCAUUUCUCAGUAUGCAGAUUUUUUUUUUUUUUUUUUACACUUUUGGGGAUAGUAAUUGCAUAAAUUAUGAAACUUUUGAUAUUGUAUAAAAAUACAAAAGUCUGUUUUUGUUUUCAACCAAUCAUGAAUACCCUUGUUAAGGAAAAAAUUGACUAGGAGUUUAUGGAAUUUUUCUUAAUUCUAUGAUGUUGUCCAAGAGGAAUUGUUUCUGUAAUGUUGUCCCAAGAGGAAUUUAAAGCUCGCCUUUUGAAGAGAGGUGUCACCCUGGCAUUGGAUUAAGUGAUGGUUUCUAAAUGUUCAGUUUUUGGUACAGGUGUUGAAAGGCAUCAGUAAACUCCUUUAUAAGUCUAUAAAUCGGCAAAAGUUCAAGCCUUUCAUAAGGAGACUUCACACAAACAUACCGCAGCCUCCCAAAAGACACAUACGCACUUACCACACACAUACAUAUUACAUACACGGGAGGCUGUCCUUAAAUGACCUUAACUGUUGAUAGGAUGAUCAACAAAUCAAAUUCCAAAUCAGACCAAAUCCAUUAUAAGUGUACUAGGGUUCUAAUAUUUGGCUUCCGGGUUGAUGUGUGUGUAUUAGUUACCAAGGUAUUAUUUCCUAGCGUCAAACAAACAUGUUUCAUGACAAUAAUUUCAAUGCUUACUAUAAUGCAAAACCUAAUUGUAAACUGUGUCUAUUUUACUUUUAAAUACAUUUGUAUUGCAAUAUUUUUUUGUGAAAAUAUUGAUAUAUUGCAAUGUAGAUUCCAGUUGAUGAAAUCGCCCACAAAAAUACUACUGAGAUUUAGUGAUAUACAGUGUGAGGCAAGCUUUGUUCCGAUGAUGGUACUUUUGUCAAAUUGAAGGAAUGUCCAUGAAGCUGGAGUCUGAACAACCUAUGAAUGAUGUGUUGGUUUAAAAGCUCCCUCAAGAUGCCCAACUGUCCUGGACACAUGACACUGUCGCUGUGGUGUAGCAUUAUUAAACAGCUAAUUGACCUGAUAAUGCUGGUACCCUAUACAUAUAGAUGUCAGUAUUUGAUUAUUUAUUUUAUAUAUGGUUAAUACUUGAAAUCCUUGAAUUCUUAAGCUUUCUAUUUUAAUUUG